AUGGCUGACAGUAUUACGAAUCAGAAUAAUAAAAAUCUUUCGAUACUUAUUAUUCUUACUCUACUUAUUAUUAUUUGGUUCUUAUCAAAUUCGACUGUAUUUUUUUGUGCAGUGGUAUUGGUUCUUACUGCAAUAUUAAUCAAUUCUAAUUUUGAAACAACAGACAAUUUAAUAACUACUUCUUCAUCAUCACAAACACACACAAUAUUGCCAAGUAUGAACAAUAAUGAUGAUAAUUCGACCGCAAUCGCGAUGGAAGAAUAUGGAUGUGAAGCAACUUCGAACAUUCGAGAAGAAAUAGAUGAUGAACACGUUAGUAAACAAAAUGCUGUUCAGGAUACCUCAUCGAAUUUUGAUAGUCGAAUAUCUAAGAAAGACAUGGAAGAACUUCAGAAAUCUCUUGCGGAAGACGAAACCGGUGCAAUAUUAUUUAGUGUAAACACUACUGACACUUGUCAAACUGACGAGCCUUUUGCAACAACAACCGUUACAACAUGUUCACCACCACCAUUACAAUCACCGGUAACAGUUCUACCAAUUAAACGAGCACCUGUGUGCAUAACCGAAGAGCCCAUGAAAAUAGCAAUUUCGUAUUCAUCAGCUCAUCGAGAACGUGUUUACAAAAUUUAUGAAAUGGUACAGCGAAAACUAGAGACACUUGAGUGUCCUCAUCCUGUUUUUAUCGAUCGAGAUUUUCAACAUGAAAUUUGUCGUCCUAACGGUCGACAAUAUUUCUGUACCAUUUAUAAACAAGCACAUUUGGUUGUUGUCUUUUUAUCAUCUUCAUAUACAAAAUCAGAUCACUGCAUGGCGGAAUGGGAAGAAAUAUUUAGCAGAUUUUUCCCGGUAGGAAUGAAUAGUGAUCCUCUACAAUUGCUUUUCAUUAAGGUCGACGAUUAUGAUAUGGAUAAAUUAGGUCUUAAAAGAAGUGAUUAUCCUCUGGAUGCUACACUACAAAAGGAUAACGAAGUUAUUGCUGAAAUAAUUACAAAACGAUCGAAUAUUGUGGAACAAAUAUUAGCACAGAAAUAA